AUGUUUGAGUACGCAGACAGCCCUCCGUCGCUUCGUCACUCGCCAACUCCGAGUGACUUGUCGCAGGGCCCUUCGCGAGAUUCCACUCCCAUCACCCCCAUCUGCGCCACCCUUCCAACCAGAAAGGACUCGGCCACUCCGUGGUACAAGAAACCCAUCGACAUAGGCCGAACUACCACUCGUCUCUGUGUCGAAACUCCCGUCCUCGAGCCCGAUUUUGACGACAACUCCUUCCCACAAUUUGGCGCAUCGCCACCAGAACAUUCUAUGGCUGGCGCUGCUGGCCCAAUAAACAUCUCAGCACGACACACUUCCACCUCACCCCGCGGCAAUCAACCUUCGACUCUGACAUCUGCUCUGCAGAAAAGUGCGAGCGACAACAAGCUGACCUUUGAUGGCAUGAGCAUGGACCAAGCACGUGCGACUCCACAAUUCAAUCAAAACCCGAUGACCGACAACUACGGCGCCGAGAGUGGCGCACGGCCCAUCUCGGUCAAGGGCCGUCCCAGUGACAAGAUACGACGAGAGAGCCUGGCUCAGAGUUUGGGCACCGGCAUGAGUUGGGGAGGCGUUUCAGUCAACAGCUGGAUCCGGGACGAUAUGAUGAUGGCUGGAACAUCACCAUUCGCCUUUCAAUCUCCCUCGUACCAUUCGUCUUCGUACCUUCCUAAACUUGAGGCCAACUUCAUGAAAGAUUUCUCCUGCUGCGGUCUUACCCUGCCGACUCUCCAUGAUUUACUCCAGCAUUAUGAGGAAGCGCACGCGCAGAAAGACCCCGUAGGCAUGGAUUCAGCACAGCCCACUGUGCCAGAUACUCGCGCUGCACUUGCAGCAAAUACUGCCAACCAGGUGCAGCAGGAAGCACAGCAGAGGAGCAUGCAAGGCUCAGCAUUCAACACUGCUGUGCAGCCCAUGGGUCAGCAAAUGCCCCAACGAAGUGGACUAUCCAACACACUGCAAACUGUCCCGGAUAUGGACACCGUCGAGGAUAUGGAGAUGGAUAUGGACGAUGGCAAUGAAACUACUCCUCCGCCCAACCUGUACACCCGGAGUUCUGCGACCACUUCACCACAGACACAAUUUGCCACCAUGCAGCAGCCCCAGAUCCCCCAGCUCAACACCACCAUGAUGCAAGGGCACCAACAGUACCGCCAGUCAGCUCCGAAUACUCCAGUGGCCACUAGCAGAGGACCAGCAUUCAAUAAUGCGCCAUUGUCAGCAAACCCGAUGCAGCAAUUUCAAGACCUUCAGAACCCUUACCGGCACACUCCUGACUCAUCAGCCCCGGGAACACCGGGAGAGCUGGAUGAGAGCUUGAUGGCUGGAAUGGAUGACAUGUCAAUGCAGAAUCCUCUUUUUGGCAAUGAUGCAUUUGGCAACAACUUCGGCUACGGCAUGAAUAAUGACAUGAUCGAUCUUUGUAUCGAUGAACCCGCCAAGAGAUUGUUCCAGCAGAACCAUCGGCCCGGACAACAAGCAAACGGCAACGGCGCGCACUCUCGUCUCGGCAGCGGGCAGUAUGGUCCGAAUAGCGAUAUUGCCAGAACGAUCCGCGAACGACAAGUCGCUGCUGGUCUUCCGGACACAACCACCAACAUGCUUCCCCACGAAGAACCCAAGCCCUUCCGCUGUCCCGUCAUUGGAUGCGAAAAAGCCUACAAGAACCAAAAUGGGCUCAAAUAUCACAAAUCGCACGGCCACAAUAAUCAGAGACUGCACGAGAACGGUGAUGGCACAUUCUCGAUCGUCAAUCCGGACACGCAGGCACCAUAUCCCGGGACCCAGGGUAUGGAAAAGGAGAAGCCAUACAAGUGCGAUGUCUGUCAGAAGCGGUACAAGAACCUCAACGGCCUCAAGUAUCACAAGACUCAUUCACCUCCCUGCAAUCCAGAGUUGCAGGUCAACGUCAAUCGAUCGCCCUCGAUGGGCAUGUCUGGUGGAAUGACGACAAAUCAAGGGAUGGGCAGCUUAGGAGCUGGGCUCCAACCGGAUCACCAAAUGAUGUGA